AUAAUUAUUUUACUGUGUGUACUGUCACUGUGCGUGACUCAGUGAGUCUACUCUUCUCUGCCAAGUGUUUAAACUUGACUGUAAUGAUAAGAAACAGGUUUCAUAACGUAAUUUGCCUUUCAACCAAAAUUCGCGGAAUUCAACCUGCACGGAAAAUCCACGGGAUCUCUGGGGAAUCGAAAAUUACAACUGGAGUUUUAGAACAAGUAUCUAAUUCGAGCGUUGGCAAGAAAAGUUUGUUGAGUACAAUGCCAGCACUGAAAACUACCGUGAAUAACAUAAUCAAGUCAGAGGAAGAUAAAAGACUGUACCGCGGAUUAGAGUUGGAGAAUGGAAUGAAAGUUCUUCUUAUUUCUGAUCCAACCACAGAUAAAUCCGCAGCAGCUAUGGAUGUUCAUGUAGGCAGUAUGUCUGACCCACGGGAACUCCCUGGUCUUGCGCAUUUCUGUGAACACAUGUUGUUCUUAGGUACUUCCAAAUAUCCUGAUGAGAAUGAAUACAACAAGUUUCUGAGUGUGAAUGGAGGAAGUAGCAAUGCUUUCACAGCUAGUGAUCAUACAAACUACUACUUUGAUAUUUCUCCAGAUAAACUUGAGGGGGCCCUUGAUAGGUUUAGCGAGUUUUUCCGGACACCUUUGUUCACUGAGAGUGCUACUGAACGUGAAGUAAAAGCUGUAAACAGUGAACACGAGAAAAAUAUUCCAGCGGAUGCCUGGCGUAUAAAUCAAAUUGAAAAAGCUACAGCGAACUCUGAACAUGAUUUCUCCAAGUUCGGAACAGGGAAUAUAGACACACUGGAUAGAAUUCCAAAGGAGAAAAAUAUGGUUGUACGAGACGAGUUGCUGAAGUUUCAUAGUCAUUUCUAUAGUAGUAACAUCAUGGGGUUAGCAGUCCUAGGACAACAGGACCUGGAUACUCUUGAGAAUCUGAUCAUUGGGCUCAUGUCUGAUGUUGAAAACAAAAACGUCGAAGUUCCGAGCUGGGCGGAAGCUCCGUUUACUGAGAAAGAACUACAAACUAUUACUUAUAUUGUUCCUGUGAAAGAUAUCAGGAGUUUGAGUAUAACCUGGGGAAUACCUGAUCUACGAGAUGAGUAUAAAUCCAGCCCUGGCAGCUACCUGGGUCAUCUUAUAGGACAUGAAGGACCUGGGAGUCUGCUGUCUGAGCUGAAAUCCCGAGGCUGGGUCAACAACCUCGUUGGAGGUCAAAAAUCCGGCGCUAAGGGAUUCGGUUUCUUUGUUGUGAACGUGGAUUUGACCGAGGAUGGAAUCCAACAUAUAGAUGAUAUUAUUACACUUAUAUUUCAGUAUCUUGAGCUGCUGCGCAUGCAUGGUCCUCAGGAAUGGAUUUUCCAAGAAUGCCGAGAUCUCAACGCAAUGCAGUUCAGGUUUAAGGAUAAAGAAAGACCUCAAAGUUAUGUUUGUGGACUGGCAGGACAUCUUCAUGAUUAUCCUACUGAGGAAGUACUAAGUGGAGGUUAUCUAUUAACUGAAUGGAAACCUGAGUUGAUUACUGAAGUAUUGAAUCAUUUGAUCCCAGAUACCGUUAGGGUUGCAGUUACUGCUCAGAGAUAUGCAGAUAGAUGUAAUACUGUUGAACAAUGGUACGGAUCAAAAUACAAAACAGAGAAACUGGAUUCUCAAAAACUAGAUUCCUGGAGAAACUGUGGUAUGCAUAAUAAUCUCAAGUUACCGGACAAAAAUGAAUUUAUUCCUUCGCAAUUCCAGCUGGUAGAACGAGAACAAGAUAAUCCUUCUCAUCCUACCAUCAUUGAGGAGGAUCUACUUGGUAGAUUAUGGUUUAAGCAAGAUGAUGAAUUCCUACUUCCCAAAACUUGUAUUAACAUUGAGAUGAGAUCCCCUGUUGCAUACAGUGAUCCUCUCAGUGCAAACCUGACAUACAUGUUCUCUCUUCUUUUCAAGGAUGAGUUGAAUGAGUAUGUUUAUGCUGCUGAACUGGCAGGACUAGGAUACAGUCUAGCAAACACAAAAGCUGGAAUCACGCUUGCAAUAAAGGGAUACAGUGACAAGCAGAAGGUUUUGUUAGAGAAAAUUAUGGAUAAAUUAACAUCAUUCCAGGUGAACGAGAAGAGGUUUGAUAUUCUCAAGGAAGCUUAUGUCCGAGGAUUGAAGAACUUUGCAGCUGAUCAACCUCAUCAACAUGCAGUAUACUUUAACUCAGUUGUACUUGCAGAAAAGUUCUGGCAUAAAGAGGAAUUAAUAUCCUGCCUGGAUUCCCUUACAGUUGAUGAGCUUAGAGCUUUUAUACCUAGACUCCUGGCUAAUAUCAAGCUUGAGUGCUUGGUGUACGGUAAUAGUACUGCAGAUGAGGCUAAAGAGCUCUAUAAUUAUACAUCCAAGAGAUUAAGAGAAGAAUGUAACUCAAGACCCCUUCUUCCGUCACAGUGUCUCACAGAUAGAGAAAUUCAACUAACUGAUCUUCACGCGGUUUAUAAGACAACAAAUGCAGUACAUAAAGCUUCCUGUAUAGAAGUAUACUAUCAAUGUGGGAUGCAGGAUACCAGAGCGAAUAUGCAGUUGGAGUUGUUGGCCCAGAUCAUCAGAGAAUCAUGCUUUGAUCAGCUAAGAACCAAGGAGCAGCUUGGAUACAUUGUGUUCAGUGGAAUCCGAAGAUCUAGCGGAGCCCAGGGACUCAGGGUUAUCGUUCAGUCGGAGAAGGUUCCAGAGUAUGUUGAUACAAGGAUAGAGGAGUACAUUGCAGGACUAAACCAAACUUUACAGGUUAGCAACCUUAUCCAAUUUAACAGAGAUAUUGUAGAGGUUGAGAUGCUACGUAGCCUGACUAAAGACGACAUUCUACAGUUUUACAAUCAAUAUGUGUCGCACCUUAGUGAACACAGGCGUAAACUCUCCUGUCACGUUGUCAGCACAAUACCUAGUAUCCAGGACACAGCUGCUGACACAACGGUGUCUGUGACAGCUAUGGACGUACCUGAGAGUGAUGGCUCUGUCGGAGAACCUGCUGGCGCUAGAUUAGUUGUUGAUAUUACAGAGUUUAAAAUGUCUCAACCUUUGUUCCCACUGCCCAGACCCUUUACUCCAGUUCAUUCGUUCAAAUCAACUAAACACAAUUCAAAAUAAUAAUAAUUUAGAGAAUAAAUGUCAAUUAUGACAAAUUUGUGUAUACAAUAAUACCAUGUUUUAGCAUAUAGUUGAUAUUAAACUUUACAUGAUAGGAUAAAUCUUUUUGUAUUUGAUUAUUAUUUAAUUUCUGUAAUAAAUGAUAAAAAAUGUGGACUUAAAAA